AUGACCGCUUGGGGUAUCUCCUUUGCUCUUAUAGAAGGAGUGCUCUCAGAGUCUCAGGCAACCUCCAACAACACUCAGCCCAUCAAAGAUGCCCCUUUUCCUCUUACCAAUCUUCUGGAUGACAGCAGGUCUGAUUCAGACUUGUCUUGCUGUCUCCAAAAGUAUCAAUGCAACUACAACCCAAUGUCCGGUGCCAUUGUCAAACAGGAUUUGCCCAAAGAUCUACCUGUGUUAACCAAAGGUGAUGUCACACUCAAGGUUGCGGAGGAGUUUGAGGAUGCUUUUUGUGGCUACAUUGAGAUCAAGGACAUUGACAAGAAGAAAGCCUCCAAGCAACUUCUAUGCACCUUCCACAAUUCUGCAAUCAGGGAUUGGAUCACCACUCAGUGGGCCACACUCUCAGCCUUGCCUCUUGAUGAUCUCUUUGAGAAGAUUUGA